AUACCGCUUUCCCAAAAAUGAAAUGACCAACGUUUUCUUUGUCUCUCUCUCUCUGUAUCAACUAUAUGUUCUUGUUGUCUUCUAGUCAUAAUACUUUUGAUCCAACUCUGUCUGUUAUUGGCAAUGGUGACGAUGAUCAAAAUGAGGAAGGGAUUGGAACAAUUUCUGCGGUGAUUUGAUUGAACAAUUGAGAGUCCGUGAGAGAGAAAUUGAGAGAGGAAAAUGUUCAGGUUGCACAAGAAUCGCCAAGCGAAUUCGAAGGAGAAAUAUGAUUUCAAGCUCUCCAACUUCAAGGCAAUCCAGGUACCUAAAGGUUGGGACAAGCUAUUUGUAUCUGUAACCUCAGAGCAAACUGGGAAGACAAUUGUCAGGACAAGCAAAGGAUCAGUCCGUAAUGGAAGUUGCCAGUGGAGCGAGUCUAUAUCAGAAUCCAUUUCGGUUUCACAAGAUGAACCUUCUAAGGAGUUUGAAGAUUUUAAUUACAAGCUGGUUGUGGCCAUGGGAUCAUCAAGAUCUAGUAUUCUUGGAGAGGCUAUGAUCAACCUGACAGAUUACACAGAUCCUAAAACUUCUUCUGCAGUCUUACUUCCACUGAAUAAGUGCAAUCAUGGGACUAUUUUACAAGUGAAAAUCCAGUGCGUAACGCCAAUAUCAAAAGUAAGGAGUAGAAGAAUUAAACAGACAAAUUCUCUAAAAGACGACUUGAAGAAAGAAGGUCACGACUCGGAUAGCUGCUCAGAUAUUACAGAUAGCCAAGUGUCUGGAAGUAUUGGAUCUUCCUCUGGUGCAGAUUUAUACUCUAGCUUUCACUCGGGAGAUGCUAGCAGCACGGAAGCAAGUUACUCUGCUUCGGAUUCACACAUCGGCAAUGAUUCUUCUGAGGCUUAUGAUUCAGUAGAGAGUGACGCUACAAAAAACAAUUACAAUGAUAUUCGAAGACAAGACUCGGUGUGCUCACAGAACAGUGGUUCAGCAGAAACAACGACUACUGAGGAACUUCGCGCUGAAGCUAGGAUGUGGGAGAGCAAUGCCCGCAAACUGAUGGCUGAUCUUGAUCAGUUGAAGAAAGAGUUUUCAGAUCAAUCUGAAAACCAGAAAAGUUUACAUGCUGCACUUUCAGCAGCAACUGCGGAAUGUGAUGGUUUGAGAAAAGAACUUGAGGAACUGAAACCGAUGACUGAGAAGUCGACUCAAAGACAAACAAGCAUCGCGGAUUUAUCAUAUCAAGAUGGUGAAACAAAAAUCUUAGAUGAAUUGAAAGAUGAACUGAAGUUCCAAAAAGAAUCCAAUGCUGAUUUAGCUCUGCAGCUAAAGAGAAGUCAAGAAUCAAAUAUUGAGCUUGUGUCCGUUCUUAAGGAGCUAGAAGAGAUUAAUGAAAACCAGAAAUUGGAGAUAGAGGAACUUUUGAAACAGCAAAGAAAUUAUGAUGAUUACGAAAAUAUUAAUCAAGAAAACAAAAAAUUGAUGCUUCAACUGGAGCAUGUGAAGGAAUCAGAACAAAAUCUUCAAUUAAAGAUUGAGGUUCUGGAGAGAAACUUGGAGGAAACCAAACUUGAUUUGCAGAAAUGCGAGGUCUCCAACCAAAGAUUCCCUCAGGGUACAGACGGGGAAUACGAUAGUACGCUUCAUUCUGAGGAAAAUUUAGUGGAAGACAUUGAAAGAUUGAAAGAAAAAGUGCAGGAGUUAGAAAAAGAUUGUAAUGAAUUGACAGAGGAAAAUAUGAACCUCCUGUACAAGCUUAAGCAAGCAAAUAACGACUCUAAGGGGGGAGAGUUGGCUUUGAACUCCACAGCUGGUGAGCUUUUGAUUGAGAAUAACGAUGAUCCUUUCAGUAAAAAUGUAGAUAGUAGAGAAAUUGAGCUGGAAGUCAAAGUUGAAGAGCUCAGUAGGGAAUUGACUGAGAAAAAGAUGGAGAUUGAAGAACUUGAGCACAACAUUUUGUCCAAAGACGACGAGAUUAAGAUCCUUGAAGAUUUGCAUAACAAAUUGCAAGCUGAGUAUUCUGGUCUUCAGAAAGAAAAAAAUCAGAUGGAGGAACAAAUGGAAGUCAUACAUGGAGAAAGUGACAUCAGUGCUAGAAGCUUAAAUGAUUUGAGAAAUGAAGUAAACACGCUUAGCAACAGUGUGGAUUUGCAUAUUUCUGCAAACAAGAUUCUUGAAAGUAAAUAUUCAGAGCUUCAAUGUGAAAAACAAGAACUUGAACUCCAUAUAUCUCAGAUCGAACAAAAAAGCACACAGUUGUCAGAAAGCAUAUCUGUUUUGGAAUCACAACUAAAAUAUAUGACGGACGAGAAGGAGUCAAUUCGCCUUGAGUUAGAGAACUUUAAGUCUGAGGCAGUGGCUCUCCAGGAUGAGGUUGAUAGACAGAGACUCGAGAUAGAGACAGAAAGUGUUGAUUUGAAACAAAUGUUGAAUGACUUGCAAAACAAAUAUGCAGAGGCUCAAGAUAAAUGUGAGUACCUGCAAAGAGAAAAAACGAACUUGGAAGCUGCAGCUGAGCAUCUCUCUGAAGAACGAAAUUUUCUUAGAGAAUCAAAUGGAGAGCUGAAGAAAAAGAAUUUCGAGUUGCAUGAGGAUUAUUUCCGCUUGGAAUCGAAAUUGAAGGAAUCGCUUGAAAGGUCCGCCCAUUAUUUCAUAAGAGUUGAUGAUUUGGAGGAUAAUCUCUUUCUUGGGUUGGAGGAUUUAACCUCAAAAGAAAGAUUCCUAUCUUCGGAGUUAGAUUCAAUCGUUGAAGAGAACAUAAAAUACAAAGAGAAAUGUUCAUUGAUUGAAAGCUUGUAUAAUGAGACGUAUCUGGAGAAGACAACUGAAGUUCAAGAACUUCAAGCAGCGGUUGUGCACCUGACCAUGGAACUUUCAGCUACAAGGAAUGAUCUCAACGUCAUGGAAUCUAAUGAACAGUUACUGGCUCUGAUCAGUGAGCUUUCCGUGUCAAAAAAAAACCAAGAGAAACUGAUGGCUGACCAUGAAGAGUUACUGAAGCAGUUGGAAAAUCACAAAUCACUUGAAGUCAAACUUAAGAACUCUGUCGAUGAUCUUGAAUUAAAGCUUUCUUUUUCUGAAAAAGAACGAAAGCAGCAUGAGGAAGAAUUAACUUACUUAAAGCGUCUAGAACGAUCUCAAUUCCUUGAAGCAGAACUGAAACGUUUGAAGGAGGAAAAACAGAUCCAGCGGGAGUCUAGCAUUGAUGAUAGUGGAUGCGAUAUUGAUGUUGAAGGUCCUAAUGUUGCUGAAGCUGAAUCAAUUGAAAGAAUUCAGUUGCUCGAAAAAGAACUUGCUGAGGUUUUGGAAGCAAACAAGAAAUAUGAAGAUCAGCUGAGCAGGGUCAUUCAAGACGAUCAAAACAACAAUGAAAAUUCUCCUAUACCAACAGUUGGAGGCGAUGUAAUGACGAAGGAAGGAUAUGAAAGCAUUAACUCGGCUCUAGAGGAGGAGCUAAGAGACCUUCGUGAGCGGUACUUCCACAUGAGCCUUAAGUAUGCUGAAGUCGAGCAAGAGCGUGAGGAACUUGUUCUGAAGCUGAGAGCACCCAAGAGCACCGGAAGGAGUUGGUUCUCAUGAAAGUCCAAAAAUGCAAGUCUUCACUCUUUCCUUAGCUAAUACGCACCAGUCUCGGGGAGUUUCUCGGUAGUCAUUUUUCAGUUCUCAAAUCAUGAUUUCAAUCAAGACUCGAGAUUGAAUCCUGCUGGAAAACUGGUUUUAGGCUAACACGUGGAAGAGUGCUUGGUUGUUUGAAAAGGGAGGAAAUGGAGAUUGUGAUGAAAACUAUUCCGAAAUUGAAGAAAUCAGUUGGCAAUGCAUUUCCAUUGUUUCAAACAAGUUACUUUGUGUGAAGUAAGGCAAUAAUGUGAAAGAGCCAUAUAUGAGUACACCACUCUGGGAGUCGUUACUCUUUGUAGAUUUCCCCCUCCUAUCAUAGUCUACGUAGUGAUGAUGGGGUGAAUGGUAUUGGAGCUUGGAGAGAUAUAAUAGCUAAAGCAGAUUGGCACUCACUUGUGGUGUUCUUCCGUUGCUUCCUCAGGUUUGUAAGGAUACCUCUGUGGAGCAAAAACCUGAUGUAGGUUGUUGAGAGAGGCAAAUGCAAUGCAGGAAAGGAGCAAAAAGGGAGGUAAUAUUGUCACACUUGGAACAGAAUACGAUGGUGGGUAAGAGUAUAUCCCCUAGAAGAUGCUGAAUUUGUUCAUGCUGCCUCCAUUUUUCUCUCUUUUUCGUUGUUGCAUGUCUUGCUUUUGGCUCACGUUUCCAGUGGCCGCACACCGCUCCUGGGUCACAUUGAUUUGCCUUCCUUCUCUGCCCUGAAAAUCUCCUAUAACAAACCAAUGCAGCAGCUUCUUUAUCAAACCCUUCUUACAAAAGCAUAACCCCACCACCACUCUCUUCCACGCCCCUCUCACCCGCCAACCCCAACGGCGGCCGACGGCGGUGGAGCUUCUGAUGCUCCCAAUUGACCAAUUUUGGAUGAGAAUAUGAUAUGAAGGUUGCCUGAAACUUUUGUGUGUCUUCUUCAGUGGGGACAGAAGAUCUUCCUCAUUUCCUCUGUUAAGGGCAACUCCCACCCUUCGGCAUUCCUCCAAAUUGCCUCACUCUGUUAAGGGCAACUCCCACAUCGAGAAAGUUCAGUAUUUUUCGACUCAGUGACUUGGAUUAUAUGCAGCAUUGUUUUAUUCUUUAUUUUUUUUUUUCUUGAUUUGCUUUCUAGUAAUGCAACACUUGGGUGGUAGCUAGCUCAUUAAAUACACACUCGUAUAUGUAUGGCUAUGGCCACCUGAAUUUUAUCAAUGGAGUGUCCUCUCUCACUCUCUCUCUCUC